CGAUGAGAAGCUCCCAUCUGUCUAUCCCAACAAGCCCAGAGAAGCAUCGGCGGCAGCAGCUGAUGGGGGAAGCGUUUUAUUUUUACUUUUAAAGGGACCGAAACCGAAUUUUAACCUGCUCGGAACUGCCGCGUCGCCGCCCUUACUUCCAAAGGAGCUUGAAGGGGACGGGGAAAAUGGGGAGAUCCGCGGAGAAAGUCAGAUAUUAAAGGGGAGAAGGAUCCAGAAAAGGCUUAUUUUUCUGUGUCUACGGCUCCUUCGUAGCGCAGCUUGCUGCUCCCCUCUUCCUCGGCCCUGCUUGGAGGAGGAGGUUUUCACGGCAACGGGGACCUCCGCUUAUACAGUACACAGAAAUAAAAUUAAAAUUAUAAAAACUUGGCUACGUUCACCCUGCUGGGCCGUGCUUUGCUAUGGGGGGCACCGGAGGUCGACCAUGAGAGGAGAUGUGGGACGGCUCAUCACACAGCUGAACUGACUAUCCGCCGGCGAUGAGAGGCACCGCAGGCAGGACACCGGCAGUCACCGGGAUGUACUUGCAUCAUUAGAGAUGAGCAUGCUCAGAGCCAGUCGAGAGCAGCCUUGCCCCCUUGGGCACCGCCCUCCCCUGUGACGGGAAGGGUCCCCUAACCCCACCCCCCCAACCCUACCCACGGAAGUAUAAGCCAUGCGCUUGUGCAAAGGGCUGCCUCCCUGACCUGCUCUAUGUAGGGCCCAAACCACUGUCCCACUGUGCCCUCCAACCUCAGCUCAGGUCCCUCCCCCUCCCAGUGACACCAACACCAUGAUGGAGAUUCUCGUCAGAGCUUGAAGGAGAGCCGAGGCCUGGACCCGGCCCGUGCCUCCUCACCCCUUCCCCUUCACCCACCUCCGAUUCCGUAGCAGACGGUUCUGAGUGCCAGGUUGUGGCGCACGGCCUCCCGCCCCUCUUCCAAUGACCCAGGAUGGCAGGUAGCCUGUGGACACUCGUGGACGUGUGAUAUCUCCCAAGGAACCUGUACCAUGAAUGGAGGAAAAGAGCGUUAUGGAGCGGACCGGGAAGGACCGCCCUUCGCCGUGCAGGUGCCCAUUGGUUGGCGCCGGGAGGCGGGGCCUGGCAGAGUGGUGUACAUAAGUCCCAGUGGCUCCAUGCUUUCUUGCCUGGAGCAGGUAAGGACUUACCUGCUGACUGAUGGCACCUGCAAGUGUGGCCUGGAAUGUCCCCUCAUCCUGCCCAAGGUGUUCAACUUUGAUCCCAGAGCAGCCGUCAGGCAGAGGACGGCGGAGGAUGCGAAGGUUGAUGAAGACGUCACCAAACUCUGCAUCCACAAGAGGAAGAUCAUCGCCGUGGCAACACUGCACAAGAGCAUGGAGACUCCGAAUCCCUCUCUCGGAUCGGUUCUGCACAGUCCGAGGGGGGUCACAGACACCACGCUGCCAGCUGUCACUCGCUCGUCGACUCCCCGAGCAAUAAGAAGCAAACUUCACGACAGGCCGCCCAACUCCCUGGCUGCUGACUGCCAGAACCCCUUCAAGUCCCUAAUUCCGGGACAGCGGCCAUACCAGCAGGACUUGGGCAUGGCAACGCAGACUGACCCAUUCGCCGGGCGGCCCCGGCUGAGGCUGGGCAGCGGUGAGCAGGACCGAAGGUCCCCGUACCGUGCCGUGCACGGCGGCUUGCUGAGUCCCGGGUCCUCAGGCUCGUUAGUCUAUGGCGAUGGCUCCCCAUCCCCCAGGACUGACCCUCUGGGGAGCCCAGACGCCUUUGUCAGAGCCACGCCUAACGCUCUGCUCCAUGGCUCCCCUGUCUCUCAGCCAUCGUGCGUCAUGGCAGGAAGAGCUAGCGUGCCCCUCUCUCCCACCCUCGCUGCCAAAAGCCCCAUCAUGAAGAAGCCCCCAUGCAGCUUUGCCCCGGGCAUGGAUGCCUCCCGCACCGGAUUUCACCACAAGCCGCCGCCACCACAUCCCCUGCCACCCUUGCCACCCCCACCCUGUGUCCUGCAGAAGAAGCAGGUAACCUCCGAGAAGGACCCCCUUGGCAUCCUGGACCCCAUACCUAGCAAACCACUCACCCAGGGCCCCUUGGUGAUGAAUCCACCUGGCUUCCAACCCAGUGUCCACUCUCAGGUACCAGUGAUGAAUGUAAACAUCCCCCCGGCCAUUGUUCCGUUGCCGAGCAACCUCCCCUUGCCGACGGUCAAGCCCGCACCUGUCAGCCAUGGCGGACACCCGCCAAGACUUCAGCAUGCUGCCCCAACAUCGGUGUCCUCUCCCCCAGUCACCUCACCGGUACACUUGGCGCCCUCCACCAUGUGUCGAGUAGAGGCCUCACCCCAGAGGUCUCGCUCCUCCUCCUCCUCCUCUGAACAUGGGAGCUUCACCUUGCCACCAGGGGGCGCCCAAGCAACCUGCGGUGGCUUUAAAGCCCCUCCCAGAUCCCCCAGGUCCUCCAUGGGUUCACCACGGCCUUCCAUGCCUUCUAGUCCCUCCACAAAGCCCGAUACGCACCACCUAUACAAGGAGCAGAUGCCAGUGGGCAUGAAUAGCGCCCUCAGCAGUCAGCAUGGUGCUUUGUUCCCGCCAGCCUCAGGCAGCGGCAUGCCCCAGAAAACCCACCCCGGGCUGCUGGGCAUGCCCUUCAACCAGCUCCUCAAUCAUAACGCCGCCUCCUUCCCAGCCAGCAGCCUCCUGUCAGCAGCAGCCAAAGCACAGCUAGCCAAUCAAAACAAACUGACGGGCGGAGUCGGCAGCGGCGCUAACGGGGUUCGCCCAGCAAGCGCGGACAGUCACGGUCCCUUGCCCCAAGCGUUCCCACCGAGCGUCACAGCAGCAGCCGCCAGCGAGGGUCAGAGUGGCCGAGCUGCGCUGCGGGACAAGCUCAUGGCCCAGCAGAAGGAUUCGUUGAGGAAGCGCAAGCAGCCCGAGGCAGAGCCCACAGCCCCCAUGGGGCCCCCAGAGCAUGCCAGAAAGGUGGCACGGCACGCUGGCCUUCACCCAGGCACCUCCAUGGCACAGCUACUCCAGUCCAUGAGCUGCCAGAGCUCCCUGAGUGCCGGGAACAGUGUGGCAGGCCAGCUGCACUUUGGGGAACCCAGCCUGCAGGGCCCGCAGAUACCGCUGCGGCUCCACGCCACCGGAGAAGGGCAGCUCUGCACUGGCAUGGACGGCAGGCCUAUGCAUGGGCGGGCCCACGGUCUCCAGGGUCCGUUACCGGGGCUGCCUAGCCAGGUCCAGGGUUCAGCGAUGGCGGGCUGUGGGCCACGAGCUCUAGGCAGCCGUCUUCUGAGCCCAUCAGGGAGCCACCUGUCGCUGGCUCACUCCAAUCCCCACCUGCAGCAACACCACCAACACCAGAUCCAGACGCACGGCCACCAUCACUCCAGGGAACAGACUGCUGCAUCUGCAGUCAAUGGGGAAGUCUGCAUGCAGUCCAUCUCGGAGCAAGGCAGCGACUUGCUGAACUGUGGCCUAGGUAACCAGCACCUGGGUGGUCUACAGACACUCGUCCUUAACGGACUCGCGCACCCCCAGCCUAACAGGGUUCCGCAGGGGGCACAAAGGGGCCCGGCAUUCCAGGGCCCGCACCCAUUUCCAGAAAGUCCCGUUUCUGUCAGUACCCCUUCCAACCCCAUGGCCUGCCUCUUCCAGAGCUUCCAGACGGGUAUGGCAGAGAGCCUUUCGAUGCCCAACAGGCAGAUGAGCACUCGCUCUGACAUGAUGUCACUUCCUGAGCACCCAGUGACGCCACCGUUUCCGCCACCAUUCCUGGAGGGCCCCUGUGCACCCCAUUCCGAGGGGGACCGGGGUGAGUCUGUGGAUUCCAUCUACAGGACUGUGGCAGAGUCGGCGAGCAAGGGCAUGCCGGCGGAUGUCAUGGCCCAGGCCAGCCCCGCCUCCGCCCCCGCCCCGAGCACCAUGAGUGCCUUCACCGCCUCCACCAGGGAGCCUGUUGGCCUCCCUCAUGCUCUCAGUUCUGUUGCCCAUGGCCAGCGCAUGUCUUGCCAGGAGACAGGGACGCAGCCCCGCCCCCACAGGGGGUGCCAGCCCUGCAGGGACUCUGAGCGUGUCAAGGACAAUCCCGAGGGCACAGAAGACCAUAAUCGCUUCUGCUCCCCAGGACGAGGUGCCCCCCGGGGGCAAUGGGAGCAUGAUGCCACACCAUGCUCGGAUGGCCCUCCCCCAUGGCACGGCGAUGAGUACCUCGAGUGCUCCGCCCGUGUCCGGGACAGCCCUCGCCCUGAGCCCCCCCACGACCGCAGUACCCAGCCCGAGGACAGUCCCCACUUCCGCAGCUGCCAGCGAGCCGCAGCCAACUUCAGGGAGCGGCUGGAGCAGACAGUGGAGCGCUGCAGCCAGCUGAAUGGCGGCUUGCCGCUGCCUUGCGGCUACAAGGACGUGCUGGGCCAUCCCAGGCCAGAGCUGCUGGCCGACGACGGGUCCCCAGGCUCCUCCACCAGCCUGGAGGGCCCACUUGCCAAGGACUAUGUACUCUAUAACGGCUACCACAACGGCUGCGCACCCAGUCCUUCCGACACCAAGAGUCUGAGCAGUGAGGAGGAGCUGCGGAACCCUGACUCGCCCUGCUCCAGUGAGCUCCUGCACUACCGGCCCCGCAUGUUCAACGUGGGUGAUCUGCUGUGGGGCCAGAUCAAGGGCUUUCCCCCAUGGGCCGGCAAGCUGGGCACGACCGAGCAGACGCACCACCCUGGGGUGCAGGACAGCCGGCAGGGAAAGGUGGAACCAGAGAAACUGAAGACACUAACAGAGGACCUGGAAGCGCUCAGCAGGGCCGCGAAGAGGAACGGGAAGGGCCCCUGGCAACAUGUCUCCUUUCCCGACAGAGGUGGGAAGCUAAAUGAUCAUCUAGAGGCUGCUAUACAGGAGGCGAUGAGUGGGCUGGACAGCAUGACGGGAAGUGUCCACCAGAUGCCACCACGAGACAGACAGGUCAAGCCACCCAAACUCAAACGGAGGAAGAUCUCCAGAUAACACUGAAUGUUAGCCAUCGGUCCAGUGCCCAACCAUGGAACUGUGUACAUACAAUGUCUUAACAUUUCAGUGACACCCACCGACCCCACCCCAUCCCCAGGUGCUAUGGUCAAGCAGUGGUACAGUAUGUCUCCUCCCUUUCUGCCUCAACACACAGACUGACCAUGAAGGUGCUGGAUUAGCCAAUCAGAGACUGUACAGCGGCAGAUGCAAUUCGCCUGCAGCGUGCUGAAGAACUUUUUUUUUUUUCUAGAAUACUGAAAAAACUAAAUGGAAAAAGAACACGCAUACAUAUGAAAAAAUUCAGUCCAAAUAUUUCUGAUACAUUUUCAAUAUGUACAUAGACAAUUCAGAAAUCUCAUGGUGAUAUUUAGAAAAGCUGUAUAUAUUGUAUUAUAUUGUCAUGUACAAGUAUACCUGAUGCACAUUAUCUUUUAUUGUACAAAAAAAACAGAAAAUGUGUGCAAAACUCUGGUUUUUAUUCAGUACAGUCAAUACAACUUAGAGUGUUUCCAGGAUUAUUAUUAAUAAUAAUAAUAAUAAUAAAAUGCAGCCUAAACCUUUCCUAUGAUCACGUGGAAGCCUGCUGUUUUGUACUGGAUAGCAGGAUUUCUGGUGUGGUUUAUGUAAUCCCUGGAUAAUGAUGUACACUUCACGCCUGAAAAGUGGCCCUGUACAUUUGUCUGAACAGAAUGAACUUUACCAGCCAGAAGUACUUCUAGCUGCCCGUGGAAAGGAGCAGGACAGCACCAGAGUGACACACUAGCUCCUUCUAGCCUGGUCAAUAGCCUGUUGUUGAAGUGAGUUCAGGCCCUUUCUGUUACUCCUUACUGAUCACAGAUUCACUGCUAUUGGUAUCAUGGGGAAGAUUUAUAUGAAAGUCCUUGGUUUUUAAUCCGUUGUUCAUCCAUUAAUAGUAAAUCAGCAGUUUUCCUUUAAUAUUAUUGAUGAUGCAACCCCGCAGGAGGACAUUUGAGUAAAUAUGAGAGUUGUGUGAGUAAAGCAAGUAAACAAAGAAAUGGCAUGACUGAAGUCUGACAAAGGGAAAUAGUAACUCAAGGAAAACCCGGGUAUGCAUCUGUCUGGCUACUGCACUGCAAUAUGCAUUUGCUACACUAUAUAAAGCGUGCUGGGAAUGGUCUAGUUUAUCAAGGAAACAUCAAGACACACAGGUCACUUUGUCCUUCCCCUUUAACACUCCAGCUGCAGUUUAUCCAAAUAAACCACAGAGUCUUUGUGACCUGAAAUCGACUGCCAGAGACUGGACUACUCUCUACUUUGGUUUUUAUUUUUUCAAACAGCGGGCUUAAUCUGUGUUCUUUCUUUUACAUUAUUAAUGUAUACCAUAUUUAUUUGAAGUCAAAAUAAUAGUUGGCAAUAAUACUAAAGUUGUAAACUGACGCGCCUUAGUGUGUACAUAUUAUAUAUUUUUUUCUUGUACAGGAGGGACAGAAUAUUAGCGUUAGUAGUUAACAACAUAUAAAUAUAUUUUUUUAUUUAAUAAAUGUUUGUGUGUGUUUUUGUGUUUGUGUGUAUACACACAGUACCUGCAUCGUUGCUUUUAGUCUGUGUUACAUGGCUAGGUUGUGUACUGGGUAAUUUAAUAGAGUACAGAUGACUCAGGAAGACAGUGCUAUUUCUUAGGGUACAGACUUCUGCAAGUAGACACUACUUAUUUUUAUAAGCACCACACUGAGAAGAUUUGAUUAGUUUUUGUUUAAUUGAUUAGGAUAUGACAGUUCAGAUGCAAUAAUCAGGUGGGAGGGCUUAAGCAGAAUGGUCCCUGCUGGCAGCAUUAGGUGGCUGUCCAUUGAAGAUUCAUGUAGGCUUCCUUCUACAGUGUUUGUUGUGUUUUCCAACUCCUCCCUGGAGGGUGGUCACUCCUCUUACUUCAUUGAAGAUAAACCAUCCCCCAAAGCGCAAAGAGCGCAGGACAGCUACUGGUCUGGGAUGCUGUUUCCUGUGUCCAUCGGUGUUGGGAUUGCCUUUUUAGGGGACAGGAGCUGUGGGAGACACCAAUAAUUCACUGAAUGGACCAGCACCACCUGCUUUAUAACUGUGCAUGGAGGGACCACGUCAAGCUUCUCAAACAGAUGGAUCCAUACCUAGUUCAGUAUUUAUGCACACGAGGGGCUGGAUAGCAUGUUGCCAUAGUUACAGAUUGCUUGUUUAUUAUGCCGUAAGUGUGUCUAAUUGUCCACUUGUAUUUUAACAGGCAGACCUGUUCGUGCUCAUGCAUGGUCACAUUUUUACAGUGUUUUACCCAGGAAUCAUUAGUCCAAAGCUUUGCUUUUAAUUUUUAACCAUCGAAAAUGGAUGAAAUAGCCUCCUUGUCCAAUGAGGUUCACAGUCAUGCAGUGCUUUGAAUUAUGUAUCACAUGAUGCAUUGAAAGCCUGUGUAAAAGUCAUAUGACUGAUGCCAGGAAAGAGAGACAUCAGCCCCAUUGGUAAAGUUCAUUCUGCCUCUUGUGCAAUGGCUUGGAGAUCACAACUGAAUCCCACAUGUCAGAUCUGUCAUUCAAUGUUCCACUGUUUUCAUUGUCUAAACCUUGAUGUGUUCCCUUUCAAAAUAUAUUUUUAUAUAUAUUUUCCCCUGAGUUGUUCUCCUAUUGUUUUGUGGUUUUUCUUUGAUAGUGUGCCUGUGAGUGUUUAUAUAUAGUAUUUGCACCCCCCACCCUUAAAAACUGUAUUUAGUAUGACCAAAACAUUUUUGUUUUAUAUAAUUGUGUCAACACUUGAAUUUGUAAAGUAUAUUUAAGCACUUGAGUUUGUUUUUGCAGAUAGUGUUGGCGUGGGUGCUAGAAAUAUAUAUUUUUUUGGAAGAUGAUCAUUGGUUUUAAUUUCUGUUUUAUGUAAGCAGAAUUGUAAUGUAAAUACAUGUGAGAAAUGCAGUCGGUGCACCAAUGUAACAGUUUCAGCAACGUUACACCACGUUAAAAUUUCAAUAUGGUCAUUCAUACUUAAAACUUUGUUGGCAUAUCUUGGUUUAUAUUGCUCGUUAUAAAUAUUUAAAGGAGAUUAUUUGCAUUUCAGAACUACUCUUUUUUUUUUUUUAUCUUUCUAAGGCAGGAGUAGUUUUAGUUUAGAAAGCUAUAUUUUAAAAUACAGAUGAUCAAAGAUGGCCACAUUUGUCUAAAAUCUUGGUGUGCUGUGUUUAGCAUUUCCAAAGGGAUUUACAAAAGGUAUACAUUGCAUUCAGUUGCAAUAAAAUGAUGCUGUACUGAGUA